AUGCCGUAUAUUUUGGAUGCUCUCUUGGGCAUAAGCCCCAAUGUUAUUGAUAUUAUUCUUGGAGCUGCAAAAAACUUUGUCGGAAAUGUAACGUUGAGUUUAGCGCUUACGGCGCCUUCUUUCACUACCAAGUUCUUCAUGGUAAGCCAUAUCGGCUCGGAUCUCACUUUGAGUUAUAAUGUCUGCACCUUCACGGUGUUGGAGUCGCGUAUUAAAUUAUCACACGCUUUUUCUUCCGCAUUCAGUCUGUUAACGGCACGUUCCAAGAAUCUCGAUAUUCAAUCGCUGUUUCAACGCGUCCCAAUUCUUGAAUUAGACAUCUUCGGUAACUUCAGAAACAUUAUCAACCCUGCAUCAGCAUUAGAGAACUCCUUCCUUAGUCCAGUACCGAAAUGUUCAAGUAAUAAUACGGCGAUCAAGAAUCGAAAUCUUCGUUAUCGCGCACAAACGAUGGUCGUCUUUGUUCAGCAAGCCACUCUUCCCGAUACCGUUGAACCUUCUAGAAAGAAGGCGUUCUUAAUAUAA